CUUGCUUGUGUGAGAAAAGGAAGUCUCUGUCCAUGCGUGCUUGUCGUUUCUGGUUUCGUCAUCUAUGCAUAAGCAAUGUUGCUUAGUCACUGCGGUUCCGGAGUGGGAUUCAGGGUAAGCCUGAUAUGCGUGGCAGUAGGAACAGCGCUGUUCACCUACCGUUGCCACAUAACAUCUAGGAGGCCGACCGUUAGUGCCACAGGGGGUAUUACCGUAGAUAAUGGUGUGGGCUUCCAGCGUACUCACACCCAGUCUAUUGAUGGAGAGAACGCUGACUCAGGAUCUUUCGAAGCGGAAGCCGGAACUGUUCAAUAUCGGAACCUGAAUAUCAACAUGGAAGCGUCUUCACGUCAACUCUGGCCCAACGACACCCGGUGUAACAGGCUGAUGGUGAGGCCUGGCCGGGGCAUCAGCCAGACGUGGCUUCUCUCCUUCCCUCGCUCUGGCAACACCUGGACCCGUUAUCUGGUAGAGGCUGCCACGGGGGUCUUCACGACGUCAGUUUAUCACGAGAACUUGCUCAUUCGACUCGGAUUCCUAGGCGAACGGGAGGACAUCGACUCGGGAACCACACUCCUGCAGAAGACCCACGACGCUCGGUGGAUCAGGAAUUCCUCUCAGCCCGUCAUUCUGCUGAUCCGGGACCCACAGAGAGAAACAGUGAAGCUGGCAUAA